AUGGCAGAAGCCCCCAAGAGAAAGCCCGGCCGCCCAAAGAAGUCUGAAGAAGCUCCUGCUGCAGCAAAAACAACCCUGGCUUCCCGAAAGCGCAAGGCCACCGCCACACCUGAGCCGGCCGCUACAAAGAAGGCCAAGGUUGCCCCUAAGGGCCCUGUCAUCAACGAACCUCCCACCCAACGUCUGGAUGUCUUUGUUUGCGGAGAGGGAUCGUCUGGCGAGUUGGGUCUCGGAACGUCCAAGAAGGCAAUUGACGUCAAGCGCCCGCGCCUCAAUGCCAACUUGGCUGCUGACUCGGUCGGUGUUGUACAAAUCGUCGCUGGAGGUAUGCACGCCAUGGCUUUGACUCACGACAACAAGAUCCUCACUUGGGGCGUCAACGAUCAGGGCGCUCUUGGAAGAGACACAACGUGGGAGGGUGGUCUUCGCGAUGUUGAGGAUGAGGAGGAUUCAGACUCUGACGACGAUGAUGCUGAUUCGGGCAUGAACCCCAAGGAAGCAACACCCACCGCCAUUUCAUCCGACGUCUUCCCCGAGGACACUGUCUUCGUCCAGGUCGCUGCUGGUGACUCGACAUCAUUCGCUCUGACUGACGACGGCCAAGUCUGGGGUUGGGGUACUUUCAGAAGCAACGAGGGUAUUUUCGGCUUCACCGCAGAUGUUCUCGUCCAGCGCACUCCCAUACUCAUUCCCGGCCUCAAGAAGAUCAAGCACGUCAGCUGUGGUGCCAACCACGUCCUUGCACUCGACGCAAAUGGUGCCGUCUUCGCCUGGGGCUCAGGCCAGCAAAACCAGCUUGGCCGUCGUGUUGUUGAGCGCACAAAGACUCAAGGUCUCGUACCUAGAGAGUUUGGACUUCCCAAGAAGGCCAUCAAAUACAUCCAGUGCGGUGACUACCACAGCUUCGCCAUCGACAACAAGGAUCGUGUCUGGGCUUGGGGUCUCAACAACUUCGGCGAGACUGGUGUGCCGGACAACGCUGGGCAGGACGAUGCUGUUGUUCUCAAGCCCGAGAUUAUUGAGACUCUUUCUGGUAGACAAGUCAGCUGCAUCAAGGGCGGUGGCCACCACAGCAUUGCCGUGACUGGUGCUGGUGAAUGUCUUGUCUGGGGUCGCCUAGAUGGCGGCCAGUGUGGUAUCGCCACGGCGGAUCUGCCAGAGGAUUCUUUGAUCAAGGACGAGCGUGGCAACCCCCGUAUUCUCAAGAACCCCACUGUUGUCAAGAGCAUCCAGGGCAAGGUCACCUUUGCAACCGCUGCAUCAGACCAGUCAUUCGCCAUCACCGAGGAAGGUCAUGCCUACUCAUGGGGUUUCUCCUCCAAUUACCAGACCGGUCAAGGUACAGACGAGGAUGUUCUGGUCGCCACCAAGAUUGAUAACACCGCUACCCGUGGCAAGAUGCUCAACUAUGCCGCUGGCGGUGGUCAGUUCAGCAUCCUGACUGCACCUGCUCAGCCCGCCACAAACGGCAGCGCUUGA